GUUUUAAGUAGACGCAAUAUUUAAGGGAAAAACGAUUCUAUUUAACUUCGACCGUUUUAAUUUAUGUAUAAGGCAUUUUAGUUGUAAAAACAAAUAAGGGAAGGGGUGAACUUCAACAAGUUUUUGGCCACACAUAACAAACACAAGACAAGAAAAAUGAAUAACAUUAAAACGUAUAUACAGGGCGUUUGUUUUUUAUGGCUAAUUUAAAUCUCUGUAUAGAUAGCUGUACUUUGGGACACUCUGUAUACACCUAUAUACCUGUAUUUACUUUACCUGACGAUAAUUGAGUUUUUUAAUAAUAACCAUAACAACCGAAGUUCAAUAUUUAACGUUUUGUACACAGUAAACAUAAUAAUAUGAUAUUUUAUCGUUGAAUUCUCGAGACUGCGUGGACGCAAUUUAUAUAAUGGGAGAUUUGAAAGCGACCACGAUUAAGGACGCGAUAAAAAAAUGGGAAGACGAAAACAAAGAAUCUGCGACAGAGGCCAAAUCGGUCGGUCUCCAAUUUCAGUGGCCUCCCAUUGAAAAAAUGGACAGUAGUUUGUCUGUUUUGGUCAACUGCGAAAAACUAUCGUUGAGUACGAACAUGAUCGAGAAAAUUAACGGACUGUCGGCUUUGCGUAAUCUGAAAAUCCUAUCGCUCGGUCGGAAUUACAUCAAGGCUUUCACCGGACUAGAAGCGCUGGCCGACACAUUGGAGGAACUAUGGAUAUCGUACAAUUUCAUCGAGAAAAUGAAAGGCGUUUUGGGCAUGCGCAAGCUCAAAGUGUUGUACAUGUCCAACAACAUGGUCAAAGAAUGGGCCGAAGUGAACAAGCUUGCCGAAAUGGAAAGCCUUCAAGAUUUCCUAUUUGUCGGAAAUCCUCUUUUUGAAGCGUUGGACGAAAGCGUAUGGCGCAGUGAGUGUAUCAGAAAGCUUCCCAAAUUAAUCAUACUGGACGGUUUACCAGUAAUUAGAGAUUGAACAAAAAAAGAACACUUUUGGAAUUCUAACCAAAUAUUUUCAAACGCAAUAAUAUGUAAAUAGUCAAAAACUUAAACGAUAAUAUAAUAGCAAUAGUUAUAGUAAUACAAUUUUUUGUUAACGACUAAAAAUCAUUUACAAGAUUGUAAGUGUUUACAGAGUACAAAAAAGGAUAGUUUAAAAAAAA